CGUGACGUCACUUCCCCUGCCGGGAGGCGGCCGGCGGUACGGCGGCCGGGCGGCUGGCGGCGGAGCAGGAGCAAUGGAGAUGCAGUCGUACUAUGCCAAGCUCCUGGGAGAGCUCAACGAGCAGCGCAAGAGGGACUUCUUCUGCGACUGCAGCAUUAUCGUGGAGGGGAGGAUCUUCAAAGCGCACAAAAACAUCCUGUUUGCCAACAGUGGCUAUUUCCGAGCCCUCCUGAUCCACUACAUCCAAGAUAGUGGACGCCACAGCACCGCUUCUCUGGACAUUGUCACCUCGGAGGCUUUCUCCAUCAUCCUCGAUUUCCUCUACUCCGGGAAGCUGGAUCUCUGUGGGGAAAACGUGAUUGAGGUGAUGUCUGCAGCUAGCUAUUUGCAGAUGACCGAUGUGGUCAACUUCUGCAAAACGUAUAUAAGGUCUUCGUUAGAUAUUUGCAGGAAAAUAGAGAGAGAAGCUGCUUUCUAUCAGGCUGAUAGUGGGAGCGCUAGUUCUGCGAGAGAGGGCACCUCGUACGGCUCCAAGAGCCAGUGCUCUGCCUCUGUCUCUUCCCUGCAGGAAAAGGAAAGGAUUUCGGAUUGCCAGAGAGAUCCUCCCUGCGGUGAGUGCAGCAGCUGCCAUCCCCUGGAGCUUGUGGUCAGAGACCCUGUAAGCAGUGACUCUCCAGAUGACGUUAAUUCCUCGCUGCCUAAGGGGGUGGAACCCAAAGUGGAGUUUGACUCAGAUGAAGUAGAGGUAGAAGUGGGCGAACGGCUGCCGCAGUAUCAGACUCCGUUGUCCCUCGAGCAGAUGGAAGAGGGGCUGCACGGCGGGCAGGCGAUGGACCUGGCCUGCAAUAACUAUCAUAUGAAACAAUUCCUAGAGGCCCUGUUGCGCAACAGCUCAGCUCAGAGAAAGGAUGAUGUGGUUCAUCACUUUGUCCGGGGCUUUGAGGGUAGGCCAGAGGAUGCAGGGGUAGCCAUGAGUUCCAUGAUGGACAUUCACAGCGACUGGUAUGGUGAGGACACAGACUCACUUUUCAGCUGCUGGUCACCUGAGGUUUCACUGCUUUCCCAAGCGCAGCACUUGUUGGGAUGUCUCACGUUGGCAGGAAUAUCUCCAAGCAGCAGUGUCGGGGACCUGGAGAAGAAGAAGAUCAUAUCCAUAUGCAUUUCUCCUGAAGUGGACAAUAAGGAUUUGGGCAUUUUAUCUGCUUAUGGUGAUGUGUUAGUUGUGCCAAUCAAGCUUCACAAAUGUCCGUUCUGUCCCUACACGGCUAAACAGAAAGGAAUACUAAAACGGCACAUUCGCUCUCACACAGGUGAGAGACCCUACCCCUGUGAGACGUGUGGGAAACGUUUCACUCGGCAGGAACACCUUCGGAGUCAUGCUUUAAGUGUGCAUCGAUCAAACAAGCCAAUUAUCUGUAAAGGUUGCAGGAGAACAUUCACAAGUAGCCUGUCCCAAGGAUUGCGACGCUUUGGCUUGUGCGACAGCUGCACCUGUGUGACCACUACCCACGAGGACUCGAUGCCCAUUAACCUCAGCCUAAUGGAACCUUCAUCAGAAGGCCAAGAGAAGGGUGAUGCCGAUAACGAUUGGCCCAUAUAUGUGGAGUCUGGAGAGGAAAACGAUCCAGCUGAUGAUGAUGAUGCCGAUGGUGAUGACAAGCAGGAAAUCCACAGGAGUUUGUCAGACCGAGAAACGCUUAUGUAGCAGUGAGAGGAGAGCAGGAGCAUUUAAAGUGUCCCCGACAGUGGUCGGUCUGCAACAGAAAACUGCGUAUUUGCCCAUUUAGUGAGACUGUGCUGUUUUUUAUUAUUCCAUUUUUUAAUAGAAGAGUGGGGAGAACUGGAAUUUUUAAUACUUUUUAAGUUUUCAGUGCUGUGCACCAGCAAUCUGUGAAGCAUCUUCUGUCUGGGGUUCACAGAGGUUGUAGUUGAGCAAUUUCCAGUGGGGUGUCUGCCUCCUAGUUUUGAUUUUGCAGGUGGAGCACCUCUGUGUUGUUUUGAUAACAAGUUUCUUCAAAUAAUGCUGUCAUGGUCUUUAAUCCCUGAUGUGAAAGGGGCACCAUAUUCUCUCUGAAGAUUAUGUUAAAAGAAAUGUAGUUUUCAUUCAUUAUCUUGGGACUUUUCUAAACUAAGUUGUGAUCCUGCUGUAUUAGGACAGUAUUAUCUAAACUGUGAACCUUAAGUGUUUGUUUGGUGGAUUUGACCUGGAAACCAGGGCAGACAAACCAGGAUAAUGAAAAUAUGCUGCUGCUGAAAGCAUAGACAGAAUAAAUGUGUUUCACGUGUCCUUAAUUGCAGGUAUUUAGAGUACAAGCUUCUCUUUCAGAAUUGUUUUUACUGCAUCUUCCUCUCUCAAGAGCUUGGACUACAGAUCAUCAGAUGUGUCUUUCAUGUCAUUUAAACAUUAGUAGUCUUGGCUUAAGAAACAUUAAGCACACGUUAUGGUGUCUAGUGUCCUGGUCUCUCAGUUUAGAUUAAGUGAACUGCCCAAUUCUUUUCAGCUUUUUACAGUAGAAGUUAAAAGCUGUCAGCCAGGUUACUGGGGAAUUCUGAUUCUGGUAGAUUAAAUAGCCAGAUUGACAGGUGGUGUAGAUGAGGCGCAGUUAAAUAUAAAUAUAAAUAUCUGAGCUAUGCAUAUAAAAGAGCUCUGAAUACCCUUCUUGAAGCUAUUGAGUAGGAAAUCUCAGAAGUUUUUACUAGCCUCUUUGUAUGCAAAUCCUUUUCUUUCUCUUUGACUAUAUUUUCUUCUAGUCUUCAGUGAUCUCUCUCAUGCUUUAUGUUAUGUAAAUUUAUCCAAGUAUUUAUUUUAAAAAAACCAACAAGCCUCCAGUGUGGACCUCCUGUUUCUUUGCUAGGAUAAAUAACAGGUUGGUUUUCAAAGGAGGUGAGAUUUUUUUUACCUUUCCAGAAACAAGUUGAUAUAAGCUAUCAAAAAUCAAGCUAGGAAGCUUUAGAAGAAAACACACCACCAACAGAAAGCCUGUUUGCUUAUGGGUAACCUACUGUUUCCUAAUGAAGAGACAAAAACUGAAAUAUACUGUGAAAUAAGACUGUUAAUGCUUUUUUUUACUAUGUGGUUCGUAAGUGUUUGAUGAAAAUGCAAAUUGUAUGAGUCUUUCUCGCUGGAGUAAGUGCUAGAUCAGAAGCCUGUAGACAGACGUGGCUGACAGAGUGAGCAGUUCCUCCCGCUUAAGACAGUGCUUCUUGCAGGUUUUUUAGUGUAAAGACUUUACACUUGGAAAACGUGAGAUGGAACCUAAAAAACAAAGAGCCCUCUGAUUUAACCAGUUAGGGUUGGUUUUUGCAUGCCUUGUGCUUUUAUUUUACAUACUGAAGAAGAACAAUUCAGCUUCUCUAUCUGCUUCAUCCUUCAGAGAAACAGCAGUCCUAUGGUGAUGUUGCAAUUUGCGUGUGAGAGGUGAUUCUGAUAUCACAAGUACAGUUAAGAACUCAUUACCAGAUCAGGUAGGAUGAGGAAAGAACAAGCUUCUUUUUAAACAAGUGACUUUACUAGUGAUUCCUGAAAACAGCAGUAGGUAAAGAGACUUGAUUUGAAAUGGUCUGGUCCAAGUUCUUGAUGAGUGCCACCUUCACGAGAAGAUACUGGCAUCAUGUGCUACAUUUAUUUUCUGUAAUUUAGGUUGUAUAACCUUCAGUGGUCCCUGUUCCAGGCCAUCUGUAGAUUUGACUUUGCAGUAGCUGAACAGUAUCAUAUUGACACACUUCAUCACAGAAAUAUCACUGGGACAAGAUCUUUAAAAAAUUCAGGGCUCUGUAGCAGCCCCUAUUUGAGUCAUCUAAAUUAAGACCAUCAGAGACAACUCAUGUAGAUGCCAGAUUUGGAGCUGAGCUCCUCUGAAAAUCCUGCUGUGGUUUUGGGUCCCUAGCACUUUUGAAAAUGUGAGCAAAAUGUGGGCUUGUACAUCUUGCUGGCAAUUUUAAAAUGUCACCUGCAGCCUACCAGAGCUAGUCUUCUGGACUGCUACUCUUAUUUUUGUUGAGUCCAUCCAACAUCAGAGGGUGUGUCCUUUUGGUAUCGGCUUAUCUGAUAAAGGACGGACUUCUGCAUAUGAGAACACCUGAGAAAGAGCCACAGAUUAUCUGUGUUUGUGGGGAGACGGACUCGCUAAUGGAAGUGGGGCAAGACUAUAAAUAGGGAUCCAAAAUGAUGUUUAGUGACCAGGCAUCCCAACUUCUGGUCAUUCUAGCAUGAAGGUGCCACCUCGCUGUAAAUACUGGUAGAAGCCACUAGAUGUGGAGUAUCGGCUGAGCAUGGUUCUGACUAGUGCGCCACGAUGAAACUAUCAGGUUUGGCUUCUCACACAGCUGAGCUGUGCUGAGCUGCGGGCUAGCAAACUCUGAAUCCAUGAGGACAUUCGGAGUAGGGAAGAUUAACCUCUUGCAAAAGUCUGUAUGUAGUAAAAGCUGCAGGAAUGACUGCGGAGACCUUCCGUGAUUUUACUUCAACCUGCUUGCUUUGGUCUUAGAGAUUGUUCUUGUGUGUCUUGUGCGUAGAGAAUGGAAGUGUUAAGGUUUGUGUAACACUGGGUAGGGGGUGUGGGUGGGGGGUACACCGUUCACAUUCCAGAUGGCAAGUGACCACCAAAAUCGAUGUUUCCUAUUGAUCUGUCAUAUUGUGCUGCCUUGUUUUCAGUGGAGUCCUUCAGCCUUUGUAUUUGGAAGCGGAUGUAGUUUAUCCGCAUUCUUGUGA